CGACUGUUAGAAUACUGUACUCAAUGGGGCUGGCGAAGUCCCGUGUACUCAAUUGUGUCGGAUCGAAGAGGCAACGCUAACACCAUCGCAGGCGGCCGCACUGCUUGGUCGUCCUCGGUAGAAGUGCAAGGAACGAAGUUUAAUGCUCGAUUCUGGUACGACGGUGCCUUUGUCGAGCAGAGCAAGGAAGACUGCGCAGAAGUGGCUUUA